AUGACUGACUUUGUCGAUGAAAAAAGAGAGCUGAGUGAAUUGGAGUUACCAGUGACCACUAAAAGAAAGGACAAUAAAAAGAGUCAUCUCGUUAAACACUUGUUGUCUACUUUACUCGUUGGUGGUUUAUUCUAUUUAACAACCAAUGGUUUCUUCAAUUGUCAUCAGGGAAAGGAAACUACUAUCACAAGAUUCCCACAACCUGAACCUGUUCGUCCAAAUAAUUAUUUUGCGGGCACUAACAGUGCUAAUAAGAUCUAUUAUGAUGACGAUUUCAAAAACAAAUCAAUUGAAAAAUUAGCAGGUGCUGUUAGAAUUGAAACUGAAUCUUAUGAUAACAAUCCAAGACCAAUUGAAGAUCUGAAAAACUGGAUCAAAUUCUACAAGUUACAUGAUUAUCUUGAAAAGACUUUCCCAUUGUUCCAUAAACACUUGACUCGUGAAAAAGUUGAAAAAAUUAGUUUACUCUAUACAUGGGAAGGUUCAAAUCCAGAUCUCAAACCAUUAUUAUUAGCUGCUCAUCAAGAUGUGGUUCCAAUUGACCCAAGUACUAGACAUUUAUGGACCCAUGAUCCUUAUGCUGGUGUUUAUGACGGUAAAUAUAUUUGGGGACGUGGUGUUUCUGAUUGUAAAGAUUUAUUAAUCGGUACUUUUGAAGCUGUUGAACAAUUGAUUGAGGAUGGAUUUAAGCCUGAAAGAACCAUUUUAUUUGCAUUUGGUAAUGAUGAAGAAAGUACAAGUUUUGGUGCAGGUGCUCUUAGUGAACAUAUUGAGAAAAGAUACGGUAAAGAUUCAAUCUUUGCAUUGGUUGAUGAAGGUACCGGUGUUUUACAAGUUGAUGGUCAACAAAUUGCUGCCCCAUCAACAGCAGAAAAGGGUCAUAUUGAUUUUUACUUAGAGUUAACUACUCCAGGUGGUCAUUCCUCUGUUCCACCAGAUCACACUUCAAUUGGUAUCAUUUCUAAAUUUGUUACUUUGUUGGAAGCAAAUCCAAAUAAACCAAGAAUCUCAUCUAAAAAUCCAUUUGUUCAAUACUUACAAGUUGCAUACGAAGAUUCUGAUAAAAUCUCAAACUCUUUCAAACAAGACCUUGCAAAUGUUGACAAUGAUAAACACGCUCAAGAAAGAUUAAUUGAAUUUCUUUCAAAGGAUAAAUCAACAAGAUAUGCAAUCCGUACAAGUCAAGCUAUUGACGUGGUCCAUGGUGGUGUCAAAUCAAAUGCAUUGCCUGAAUAUGUUACGUUGGUUGUUAAUCAACGUAUUGAUAUCCAUUCUUCAUUAAAUGAAACUUAUGAGCGUUUCUUGACUCAUUUGAAAACAAUUGCUAAAGAAUUCGAUUUGGGUAUUGAAUUUGAUGGUACAGUCUUAUCUAAACCAACUGAAAAUGGUAAUUUUAGAAUCACUCUAGGUGGUCCAUUAGAACCAGCUCCAGUUACACCAUCAUCUGGACCAGUUUGGGACUUAUUUUCAGGUACAAUUAAGCAUGUCUACGAUGAUAUUGUUAACAAAGAUAAUGAUAAGAAAUUAAAAGUUGCACCAUUCACAAUGUUGGGUAACACUGAUACCAAACAUUAUUGGGAUUUAACCAAAAAUAUUUUCAGAUUCCAAGGAAAUCUUAAUGAUCCUGAGUCAAUGUCAAGUGGUAUCCAUAGUGUUAAUGAACGAUUAACACCAGAAGAACAUCUACAAGUUAUUACAUUCUUAUAUGAAUUUAUUUUAAAUGUUGACCAAGCGAGAUAG